AUGAAAACAGAGCGUCGAGUUCUGGAAAUGCUCUCGGAAUUCAAUGUGGAUCAUUUGGAUUUAAAACUAACUAUCAGCAACGAGGUGCUGCGUGAUCGUACGCUGUAUACUUUGCCGGAUUGCGCAGCACGUCGACGACUUUUCACGGUCGUUGAAGCUUUACUGAUGGGCCUGUGGCAGGAAAGCUUCUUUGGACGAGUUGCUCUGGAGCAACAGGCGCAACUUUUUGUUGUUCUCAUCUUUGGUAUUCUGAAAGAGACACUUCCGAAAAUCCGUUUUAAUUCAGAAAUGUUCUGGUUUGGUGGCGAGCAGAAGCGACUGAAAACAGACCCGCUGAAUAAUUCAUUAUCGUUUCUCAGUGCGUGCUGGCACAUUGCAGCACUCGCUCUCAGAAGUUCUGUUUCGGGUGAAAUCGAGCCUUUCCUGCAUGCUUCGUGCAGUCUGGUUCCGGCAACCAGUUGCUUACCGAUGGCAUUGCUGGCUCACGAUGAACGGUGUCUUUCAUGCGCCGUUGCUCUUUUACACUUGCAGCAGGCCAACAUGUAA